AUGACCUCCACCACAGGAAGAAGUGAUUUGAAGGAAAUGGCAUAUAAAAAGGAAGAUGGGGGAAGAACUGAAUUGCCUGGAUGGCAUAAAGUCUACCCUCCAGUUGCUCUGGAUGUUGUUGCAGCCCAAGGCGUCAAUGAUCAGACGAGAUGGAUGGAAUUUGAAGAGAAGGCUUGUGAUGAAGAACAGAGGAAGACCCCGGGCAGGUCUGUCUUGCAAAGGUUAGGCACUGUAAUUGGCAGCGAUAAAGAUGGCUCCUUUUGUGGCUGCAAGGGCCAUAAGGUCAUGGUGAGGAAUUGA